CAAGCAGUCGGAUGUACGCAGUCGUCCAUUGCGGGAUGGCCUCACAAGUUCUAUCUCUUCUCGCCUAGAGCACAAAAUGCUGUGAGUGAGCAGGGGAGAAGAAGAUGGCUGCCACCAGCCUCAGUUCCCCUCCCUCCAAGGUUGCCACUGCCAAACGAGGAGGCAUCUCCAAACCUUCCUCGUCCUACACCCAGCUCGCCUUCUGCUCCAGACAUGCCUUCCAGAAGAUAGGAACCGCCACAGCUCUGCAAAGGCCUCAGAAUGAGCUCAAGCACGCGAGGCCCUGCGCCACCACGGACAACGACCGGGCGGCACCGGCAGAGGCAGUACAGGAAACAACCAUGAGUAACGGCCAGCAGCCGCAGCCGCAGCCGAGCGAGCCGCCGAAGCGGGUGCCGCUGACGGCGCGGGAGCGGCUGCGCGCGGCGCGCGUGCUGGGCAAGUACGCGGCGGAGCCGGCGGACAAGAAGAAGGGGUCGCCGGAGUUCAAGAGCGGGUUGCUGGACGCGCUGCGCGAGACGGAAGGCGGCGGCGGCAAGAAGGGCGGGAGGAAGCGGUCGGGGCUCCCCGAGGCGCCAAGCAACCUGCUGGACGACAAGAAGCGCGGGAUGCCCAAGCCCGGGUGGACGUUCGACUGGAUGGCGGCGCUGCCGGUGGGCACGGACGUGCUCAUCGUCGCGGCGUCCUUCAGCAUCAUCACCACCGUCAUGUUCGGGACCACCUACCUCGUGUGGAAGCUCGGCGCCAUACACUUCAACGAGUACUAGCACGUCUUCGUCUUCGUCUUCAGCUCGCUGUUGCUCUAAACAAGUCUUUAGCUCGCUAGAUUGGGUGGUAGGAACAAUCUAUCUGGAGUGCCUGAUGAUGCUGGGUUCGAGAGUUUCGUGGUUUAUGUACAAUAAUGCUGUUUACUGUUUCAGGCAGAUUUUGAGCACAAAAAUACACCAUGUUUGUACGAAUUACGAAUACUGAAUUUUAUACUAUAGAAGUUA